CACAAGCACACACACACACGUACGCGUUAGCUGCGUGCGCGUGGAAAAAAAAACUGUGUUCCAGUGACGCCAGGCCGCGCGCGCGCUCUGUGUCUCCUCCACACCGCUGUCUAAUUCUAAUGCGAGUAAACUUACUUCAUCAUUAGUGACCGCCUUUGUCGGAUCAUCUCGCGCAUAAUCGUCCGUUAUUUAUUCUCUCGAGCCGUCAGUCUCCUUCUAUCUCUCAGUCUUCCCUGUUUCCGAGAGCGACGUUCUUCGAAAGGGGACCAUGACAAGUAAUUUGAACAAAUAAGAGAAUUUACAGCAGUACCAGCAACCAGCCUUAAGCAAAAACAAAAAAAAAGAAGAAGUAGAGAAAUCAAGGGGAAAGAAACAAGUACAAGGAGGAGAGGCGAAGUGCGCGAGGACAGUCGAUGGACGCUGCCCGGACCAAGGGGACAGCAGAUUCUCAUCUAGCAGGGCAAAGAAAGAUUUCAAAAUUGAGUCGAAGGAUAGAAACUUGCCGUCAGGCAUGGUGUGUGAGAAGGGGAUCCAGAUCCUUCUCACCAUCGUGGGGGCAUUCGCCUCCUUUGGCCUGAUGACGGUGGCAAUUGGGACAGAUUACUGGCUCUACUCUCGUGCUCUGAUCUGCAACAGCACAGCCAAUGUGACGCAGGAUGACCCACACAACAAGGACAAGAAAGACCCUGGAGCCCUCACACACUCGGGCCUUUGGAGGAUCUGCUGCCUUGAGGGUGUGAAACGAGGGGUUUGCUCUCAGAUCAACCACUUCCCAGAAGACGCCGACUUCGACCACGAUGGAGCAGAGUACGUCUUACGAGUGGUUCGGGCUUCAAAUAUCUUCCCUAUUCUUAGUGCAAUCUUGUUACUGAUGGGAGGAGUGUGCAUUGCCGCCAGUCGCUUCUACAAGAGCAAGAGGAAUAUCAUACUGGGAGCUGGCAUUCUGUUUGUAGCUGCAGGUUUGAGCAACAUCAUUGGUGUGAUUGUGUACAUCUCGGCGGCGCUAGGUGACAUCUCUCCAAAGAAGGAUGAGGAUAAAAAAUGGCAAUACUCAUACGGCUGGUCCUUCUAUUUUGGUGGCCUUUCGUUCAUCCUGGCUGAGAUGGUGGGGGUGCUGGCCGUAAACAUCUACAUUGAGAAGAACAAGGAGCUGCGCUGCCGCUCACGCACCGACAUCUUCAAGAGCACAACGCAUGCUGUGCUGCGCCUGCCUAGUUACCGCUUCCGCCGCCGUUCCUCACGGUCCAGCUCACGUUCUACUGAACCAUCAAGAGGCUCGCGGGACCCCUCACCUGCUGCUGCUGGCCCACCAGGGAGCAAAAGCUUUGGCCUGCCCCCCUCAGCACUGCUCUCACAGGGGCCUGUCUCCGUUUCCACUCUGCCCAAUCCACACUCACACUCCCGCUCACACUCAGCUCUACCCGGAGGUGACAUCUCGCUCUAUACCCUGUCACGAGACUCCAAACUGGGUGCACUGGGGGCUCUGGGUGCGCCUCCUCUGUAUGGCACAGUGGAUCGUGCCACAUUCUACCAGUUGCACAACUGCUUUCCCAAAGAAAGUGGCGGAGGAGGAGCAACCAUGAUGAUGAGCGGCACACUGCCCUCUCUCAAGUCCCACAAUCCAGCAGGAGUGCAGAAUUCGUCCAGUGGAAACUCGGCACCCUCGUCACAACCCCCGCCAUUCUCCUCCUCUACAGUGGAGAGGGAGAGAGGGAUGGGCACACUCGACAGGCUGACCAAGCCUGAGAGCAAUUCCAACACGCUGAACAGGAAAACCACCCCGGUGUAGGGAGAGACUAGAACAGAAAGAGUGCAAAUCCUUUAUAGUGGAAGAUGAAGUUAAGAAAAGGAAAAAGGUGGAGAAAUGAUAGAUUCCUUCUGUCUCCCUGUCUGAAAUGAUAUUCUGUUUCACUUUAUGGAAAAUGAGUUUCAGACAAAAAUUGAUCCAGUGACGAUUCAUAAUAACAACUACAACAUACAUUUAGUUUUAUAACAUUUUUUAAAAUGUGAAGUAUGAUCAUUGGAUACUGUACUGUGAAGUUUACCCUUUUCUAUGUUGAUAGAAAUUGAAGCAAGUGGUUGUCCAAGUGCAUUCCUGGAGGGUUUGUUGUUGUUGUUAUUAUGAGAAAAAAAUCAGUGACGACUAUCUUUUUAUGUUGGAAAUGAUUUACAAGACAUCAACUGUGAUUCUGAUACAGUGGAUACUACAGAAGCAUGAGUGUCUAUAAUAUGUGUGAGAAAGAAUACAUUAUUAUUAUUAUUAUUAUUAUUAUUAUUAUUAUUAUUAUUAUAACUAGCAUAAAAACAACUUUGUAGUAAGCAUCUAAUUUAUUUUUAGAAUUGAUUUCUUUUUUACCCUUUGAUAACAUAAUAUUAAGUGUUUAUUCUGAAUAUUGUCUUCCAGUUCUACAGACAGAAGGAAAUAGUAAUUGAUGGACUAAAAACUGCAGACUGAUUGUUGAAAUGAAAUUUUUUUAAAUGAAUUUACCAUCCUACCAUUAUUUUUGUUAUGAUCAUUAGUAGCUGUGAAAGUAGCAGUAAUCUUUAUUUCGGGGCAUUAACAGAUUACUAGAUCCCUCACUAGGACCAAGAGGGAGAAAUUAUAUAUAUAUAUAUAUAUAUAUAUAUAUAUAUAUAUAUAUUUGUAUAAAGAGCACCAUAGAUGUUCCUGUAGGACAGUGUAUUGUAAAGUGACUUCUAUCUUCUAUCCAAAACUGUGCUUUCUACAUGAUUGAGGAGACCAAGAGAUGUGUGUAAAAAAAAAAAUAAUAAUAAAAAAUAACAAAGAUAAAAAUGAUGGGUAGGUUACAUUGUGGGAAACUAAUGCCAAUGUAUAAUGUCAUUAUGCAUAACUAUAUUUGAAGUCACUAGCAGGUGGGGCCAGGAUGAGGCAUUUAUUUAAUCUGAGGGGCAGAAACUGUGGGAAGUUUGAGAAACUACAUAUAUAUCUAUAUUGGACACUGUCCAUAUAAAGUCCAGAUUGAAUCAGAUCAGAUUUGUGUUUUUUGCCAGCAUCCCCAUGGCCAGGCUCCCACACAAUGAACUUUCACUGUGCUGCACCUGAUCCCAUUAGACCCUUGACCUUUCUGCUUCUUCCAAUGAGAGAUUCUACACAUGUAAACGAUCUGCCAACCUCAAUCUAUAUAGGGCCAACAUGAGACAUUAGGCCGUAGAGCGCAAAACAGCCAUCGACACACACACAUACUCUAAUGCAACUGGAGGUGUUUUUUUUUUAAACCACUAUGAAAAUGCAAAAACUACAAACAGACUGCAUUCAUGUGAGCAACUCUAAAUAUGUAGUGAGAAUAGAUAUAUCCACACACAAAAAAAAAACAGUUUAUCUAAAUGUGUGAUAAACUGAAACACUGUAUUGCACGAAUUUUCUAUAUAAAAAAAAACAACAAGACAAUCUUGGUGUGAUGUCAUUUGUCCUUUGGUUCAUGUUUCACCUGGGAGGAACAAAAGCAGGGAAAUACUGAUCCAGUUUCACUACCUUAUAAGAGGUUCCACUGAAAUCCAUUCAUAGUUGCACUGAGAGUUUGCACAGGAAACUGAUUUCUCUUAUCUUUUUCUCUGCAAAAGGCUUUUGACAUGUUAAGACACAGGCUAAAGCAGACCUGUCUGCAUUAAAGCAUCACUUGGGAUCUAUGUAUAUAUACACAGCAGAGACACAAGCUCAAGUGUCCACCUGAAG